UCCAACGGUUAGUAUUUCAAGAGAGCUAAUAGACUUGGAAAAUGGUGUUGAUGGUGAUAGUUUAGUCACUUUCAAUUGUCUCGCUCCUCUUAUUUACUUCCCCUUUGGAAUCCUUUCUUGAUCUUGACAAUAUAUGAUCUCUUUUCCUCCGUUUUCUCCUAUCUGGGUCCAUUUCCUUUGGCUCUUCUAAUUUUUCAGCACUUUCUCCGCAAGAAAAGUACGACCAUGGUUGAUAGUUUGGCUGAUUUUUUCCAACAAAAUGAAGAAUUUGUCGACAAUCCCCAUUUGGAAGGAGACGACCUCUUCAGCAUCUUUGAGAGUUUGGAGAGUGUUGCAGAGUUCACCGUCAUCGAGGACGACAUCGAAGCUUUCAAAGACGGUGAAGAGACCACGAGCUUGGUCUUCUCCGAGACUGAGCUUGAGACUUCGCCUAAAAGCAAGCGCUUGAAGAUGACGACCACGAUGUCGUCCCCAAUGGCAGCUCCUUCCGAAGAACCAAAUCCAGAUGGGCCUCAACGAAUGUCUCACAUUACGGUGGAGCGCAAUCGUAGGAAGCAAAUGAACGAGCACUUGUCCGUAUUAAGGUCACUCAUGCCGUGCUUCUAUGUCAAGAAAGGAGAUCAAGCUUCAAUAAUUGGAGGGGUGGUGGAAUACAUCAAAGAGUUGCAGCAAGUUCUUCAAUCUCUAGAGGCCAAAAAGCAAAGGAAAGUUUAUAGUGAAGUGUUGAGCCCUAGGGUAGUUUCAAGUCCAAGAGCUAAUUUGGCAAUGAGUCCAAGAAAACCACCACUGAGUCCACGCCUUAACUUGCCAAUUAGUCCAAGAACUCCACAACCCACUAGCCCUUACAGCAAGCCUCCCCGGUUGCAGCAACCUCCCAGCACCGGCACCGCCGCCGCCGCCGCCGCCGCUGGUGGUGGUGGUUAUAAUAUGGUCUCUUCUGCAGGCAGCUGCACCACCAACGUCAACAACAAUAACUCAUUAGAGUUGCCGUCGCCUUGUAACUCUUCCUCCACUACCACAAAUUCCUCCAUUGACAUGAAUGCCAAUGAUCUUGUGGCCAAUUCUAAAUCCGCCAUAGCUGAAGUUGAGGUGAAGUUUACGGGUCCAAAUGUGGUUUUGAAGACGGUUUCUCCUCCAAUCCCUGGUCAGGCUGUGAAGAUCAUUUCUGCACUUGAACAACUCUCUCUUGAAAUUCUCCAUGUCAAGAUCACCACCCUUGAUGAAACCAUGCUCAACUCUUUUACAAUUAAGAUUGGAAUUGAAUGCCAACUUAGUGCAGAGGAACUGGCUCACCAAAUUCAGCAAACAUUCUGCUAAUUGAAGAGGAAAAAUAGUUGGUUCUGAUUACUUUAAUUGCCAUGGCCUUUCUUCUUUGCUUUCUCUGUCUACAGAAGGGUACGGAGCUAGCUAGCAGAAAUAAAGGAGGAUUCCAAAGUGGGGAGGGAUUUUAAUCACUGCCCUUUAACAAACAAUGUAACUCUCUUCUUAGAUUCUCUUUUUUGAGUAACAAAAAAUUAAUGUGUAAAACUGUAUGUUAAUCAGUGAUUAGCUCUUGGCUUUGUUGUAAGUUGUAAGGUAACCCCUUUAAUUAAUUUUAUGUAAUAGAUAGAUCUGAUCAUUCUUAUGAUCAAGUUGCCACCUACCUUUUUAAUGUACUAUUUAUGGCUUCAGACUAUAUA